CUGGCGUUGGCGGUUCCAUUCCAUCGACGGCGGGUGGUCGAGCAGCUCCGGUAAGGCUUGUGUCGACUUGAAGUCAUUGUGCGGGGAGGACGAGGGAGUGCCGGCGUCGGCCGCCGGUCGGCCGCCGCGCAGAGCAUCACUGUGCCACGGAGAUACGCUUCCGUUCCCAGUUUCUCUUAACUUGCUCAAUCGGUGGUCCAGUUUGGCCAGGGGCGGAUCCAAGCCAUGCCUGUCCAUUUGUGAGCAGCCGCUCCCUCUUCCCCCGGCUGCCGCGACAUGGCAGCAACUCACAGGCCUGACGAAAGACGAAGCUGCUGACCCGGAGAGUAUCAGACAGUCUUCCGCGGACCUGUAGUGGCCUGGUCCGCCGCGGUUUCGAGCGCAGCACCGCAGCCCAUCUACUCCCUCGUCCCCACGGCGUGCCACCAAGGCGGCGGAGUGGAAAAGGCCGCUCCGUCUCUACGAGAUUCCGGAGGAGCAGGGAGCCGGAAGAAGCACCGUGCCUCCAAGGGCAAGCUACUGAGGCUAGCCAGAUGGGGGAAAGGGGGGAAAGAGGGGGAGAUGUUUAAAGGACUUGAUGAGGAGGGAAUUAUGAAGCACUUUCAAGCCAUCAAAAGUAGGAGAAUGAAUUUACCUUCUCGAUGCAGCUAUAGGGCUUAAGUGGUAUGCUCAAUUACCCCCAAAAAAAUUGGUUAUCCUUCUUUUACAGUGCAGGAUUCAGUAUUCAAGGCUCAGUUUUCCCCCAAGAUAACUGGGUUUUCAUCUGAUCCGAUGCCCCAAGUGAAGGCUACCCCUGCGCUGAUGAGCAGGCUGCUCCCCGCACCCGCAUUGGUGAAGCUCAGAGCCUGUGGACUCUACAGUCAUGGCCAUUUCCCCUCAACGUCUCGUAUUUCUUGCUCAUCAGAGUUAUCAGAUAGAGGUUCUGCCAAGGAGGUUGAGGCGUUCGAGUACAGUGGUGAGACAUGUGCCAAGAAUGCAGCUGAUGGGGAUGAAGGAGAGUAUUUAGGAUGGAGCAAAGAAGAGAUUGAUGCCAUUUCCGCACUUUUCGAUCGGCCAAUGCGUCAGAAGCCCCUGAAGCCACCAAACCCUGCGAAGCAGCGGGCGCUCCCAUUGCCACUACCGCACAAGACGAGGCUGCCUGUUGCUCCGGCGCCCAAGCAGCACGUCCGGCUUGCCACAAGAGUGGCACUGUCGUCUCGUGCUUCCUUCAGCGACCAGGUGCGCAAGAACCCGGAGUUCCUACUCGGGAUUGCUCGGGAGAUUGCCGCGAUUCCUCCAGAGCACGGUGUCUCCACGGUGCUCGACCGGUGGGCAAGGUUCCUCCGAAAAGGCUCCUUGUCGCUGACCAUCCGUGAGCUCGGGCAUAUGGGACUCCCCGAGCGCGCGCUGCAGACAUUGUGCUGGGCUCAGAGGCAGAAAGCUGUGCCAUUGUUCCCUGACGACAGGGUUCUUGCUUCCACCAUCGAAGUUUUGGCGCGCUUUGGCCAGCUUAAAGUGGAGUCUGCAUUGGAGCAAUGCGUCCCCACGGCAAGCCGUGCCAUUCUGGAAGCCAUGUCAAGUGGGUUCAUCAGGGCAGGGAAAGUAGACCUUACACGCAAACUCCUGGAACUUGCAAGGAUCAAUAACAGGACGCUGCACCCAAGCAUCUAUGUGAAGCUGAUGCUGGAAGCCAUCCGGACUCCUGAAGGCUAUGGGCUUGCCAUGGCAUUGGUUGAUGAGCUUGGUGAGAGGUCAGAUUUGGAGCUUCGCCCGCAGGACUGCACGUCUGUCAUGAAAGUCUGCAUAAAACUCCGGCGGUACACGGCCGUGGAGAGCCUUUUUAGCUGGUUCAGGGAAUCUGGUGGGAGCCCCACUGUGGUUAUGUACACAACGGUGAUCCACAGCCGCUGCCGUGAUGGAAUGCACCGCGAGGCCCUGUCCCUGGCAUGGGAAAUGGAACAGGCCGGUUGUCUGCUUGACCUGCCAGCCUACCGGGUCAUUGUCAAGCUGUGUGUGGCAUUGCGUGACCCAGAGAGGGCUCUCCGGUACUUGUUGAGGAUGGAGGAGGCUGGGUUUGUUCCAACCAGCGACAUGUACAACGGUCUGAUCGAAGGUUAUGCGGCGGAGGGGAGGCUGGCCAGGUGCCGGCAGCUGAUCAGAGAGUCCGAGUCAGCCGGUGUGAAACUGGACAGGAGGCUGCUCUCACGCUUGUCUGAAACUGGAAAUGCCCUUUCUUCUUGACUCUCUUGUGGGGUGUUGUGUUGGCAUCUCACAAGCAGAGAACCAGAACACCACACUUCUGUGUAAUUGCUCUUUUUGUAAACCAUGUUUUGAGAUGAUUUAUCAUCUGUACAAUCUUUGUAGUAAUAGUAUAUUUGGUGAUUGCCCUGCAGUGGGUUGAAUCUGAAUCUGUGGAUGCACAUGCUUGCAAGUAGCUUUUGCAGCAGAGCUGCUUGUGAAGUUAGCGAGAACAGAUAUCUGUCUACUAUAUUUAGCUUAUUUGUCGCUCUAAGAA